AUGGGUCGCAGAAAGAUUGAGAUCAAAGCGAUCAAGGAUGACCGCAAUCGCUCCGUCACAUUUUUAAAGCGAAAGGGUGGUCUCUUCAAGAAGGCGCAUGAACUCGCUGUCCUUUGUUCCGUCGAUGUUGCCGUGAUUAUCUUUGCUCAGAACAAGAAGUUGUACGAGUACUCCUCGUCUGACAUGCCAGAGGCCCUCGCCCGCUAUCAAUACUACGGCCCUCCCCACGAACACAAAGGCCCCGAAGAUUUCGCGGGUAAGCGCGACGAUGACGAUGAAGAGGAUGAGAUGACCCCGGCGCCAGAGGAUCUCCAGGCAGUUCAGCAAAGUCACGCCGCCGUUCCGCCACAUCUUCACCAGACGGGUUUCCAGCACGUCAACCACGCUCCCUCCGCCUCUCCUCCAAUCCCCAACGGACUGCCGCCGCGACAUGGCACGCCCCAGUCACAAAGUCUCUCGCGCCCUUCAUCAAGAAACCAUAUUCGCCGUGUUAGCUCCAAUCUGGGUCCGCAUCAACAUGGAACCCCGCCACCUCCCCCUGCUCCCCAAAAUGGCUUUGCAUACAUGCCCAACCCCUCCAUGUAUAAUCCAAAUAUCCAUUCGGCAAUGGGCCAGCCACGCCCUGGUCAAUAUCCAGGAUACGGUCAUCCUCCACCGGGUCCGCAGGGGACACCGCCUCAGACGAUUCAUCACCCACAUGGCCUUCCCCCUCAGCACGGCAUGCCGCCUCAGCAGAUGCAGCCUCAUCAAGGUCCCCAGCAAUUCCAACAUCCACAUGCUGUAGCGCCACAGCCCAUGGGGAUGCCACCAGUAUCUCAUGCACCGGUUCAACAGGUCCCCCAAGCAUUUAUACCGGAGCAAGGCCGGGCAUCGAUACCACCAACAUAUGCACCAGAAAACCAACAGGAACGCACAGUGCCGGUUUCUGAGAGCUCACAGGAUGCUCCAUCUGGUGGACUGAAAGCGGAGCACAGUCCGCCUCAAUCAAAAUCUUUGUCUAAAUCUCGCAGCAUCUUCACACCCAUUGAUGAUCGUGGAUCCAUGCUUGCUCGACAUUUUGGAGGAGCCCCAAUGUAUGAGUCUCCGCGACGGGAGCAAAAAAUAGAGACCUCUCAGGAAAAUUCACCCAACCUAAAGCCUCCGUCUAUUCCCCCGAUAGGCGCAGUAUCAGAACCCCCGCGUCCAUCAACCAUGUCCUCGGCGCCAGAUAUCAAGCCCCCGUCGCGAACUAACAGUGGUGCGCUCACGUCGAAAAGGCCCCAAUUAAAGGUCCAGAUUCCAAGCGAGCAUUCGGAUCAGGGAAGUGCAACCGCGGGGUCAUCUUCCCGGGAUUCCGCUGGGAAUAAUACUGGGACCCCCGCCAAGGACAACCCCGGGACAGGCGUAGUAUUACCGCCUCCAUCACCUUCGGCAGGGGCAAUACUCAGCGCUGGCGCUCAGGGACCUCCCAAUCCAUUUGCUCGACCCCCGCCUCCAGUCGCUGCCUCGCAGGGUAAUACCUACGGCAACAGAGGCGCCACAAAUAACAACGGAAGCAAUUCGAACAACAUUGAGACACCUCUCUCCGCCCUCCCCAGUCGAUACAUGUCAGAUCAUCUCCUUCCUUCGCCAUCCAGCUUUUUCUCCGAAUGGGGUCUCGGCAGAUCGGGCCCGGAUUCCAACUUGCUUCCCAGUCCUCUCAGUUUCCCAACUCCAGCGGUGCAAAGCGGUCCUAGUUUCGUCAGCCAAGAUGAACAGGACAAAAAGCGCAAGAGCCCUGAUACUGGGUCCACGGAGGAAGGGGCGAGCAAAAAACCAAAAACAUAA